UAGAGGUUUGUGGAACAGUUGCAAAUUCACUUGUUCAUGGGCAAACAUCUAUAACAAGUCUCAGGUCCGAAUAUUCUACUGAAAUCGAAACUCUCUGGGUUGAAUUUACUGCCCUAUUCAAUGAAAGAAGAAAAAGGGAGAAAUGUUCACCCCCGAAAAUGUAUAAUGUUUUACCUUUAGAAAUUGGUCUCAGUUUGGCUACACUUGCCACCUUUUACCGUCAUCAAAAAUCUCUACUAACAACUUUAUUAGAUAAAAUUGAGUCUUGA